AAAGUGUUGUUUAGCGAACGUCUACGACGACAAUUCAAGUUAUAAGGAAGAUUACCCAUUUUUGGUACAGUUCUGAUACCAAAAGAAAAUAUGCACAUUCUGCAUUCGUUCCCGCUAAAGAUUCUCGUCUUAGUUAAUUGGUUAUUCUUUAGUGCUGAAGCUUGUUCUCCAACCGUACCUCCACCGACAGUUCCCGAAAGCCGAGGUAACCCUGAUUGCAAUUUUACAACUGGAAUAUGCAACUGGAGGAAUCUAAAAACUCCAAAUACAGACACCAAGCUUGCGUGGAUCAUCGUAAACGAGACGACUGAUAAGAACUCCUACCUGUUACCUCAACAAGGUUCAGAGCCUGGUUAUGCCUGGCUGGACUACGAGGAUGAUAACAAUUAUUUACGCAGUGAAAAAGGUGAAUUCAAAAGCCCGCUCAUCACCGGACCCAGGUGCAUGUCUUUUUAUUUUCAUCUUCAUGGAAACGAAACUGGCUUCUUGGAUAUCAAAACUAAAGUUGAAGACGAAGAUUCGAAGUUGAUAUUCAGUCGCUAUGGGAACCAUGGUAUGACGUGGCAACGAGCUCAACUGUACAUUAAUAUCACUGAAGAGUACCAGGUUUUUGUCUCAGGAAUUGUGGGUGAUGAGGUUGCAAGGCACGCACCAGGAAUCGACGAUAUUUCAUUUCGCAACCAUUCGUGUCAUCAAGAACCCAAAGAAGUACAAUUCAACUGCUCAAUGAGAACUCAUCGCUGCGGUUGGCAGGACGAAGGAUCCGCUUUGAAGACGAAGGCUGAGUACAAUAAGGAUUUAAAGAGAUAUGUUUGGAAAGCAUUGGGUGGUGGUAGGAAAAAGAUUUAUCUCACCAGCCCAAGCGUUCAUCUCGAGAAUGGCUGCUUUCGCUUUAGUUAUUUGGUUGAUGCCCAAACUUGGGAACUUGCUUUUCGCGGGCGGCUAUUCGUGUUUGUUGAGAGUUUAAAUGACGGCGAGAAGUUUCCAGUUUGGAGUCGCAAUCUUUACUAUGGUGCUGGAUGGGACGAUAUUGCCAUAAAAAUCUCGCGGCCUGUUGGUCAGUAUAAGUUUAUCAUUGAAGGAGUCGAGAUUACGUCAAAUUUUCUAUUUCGUGAUUUUACGCUUUCCCCAAAUUGGGAGAAAUGUCAUGGCAAAGCUGAGACGAAACUGUACAUAACGUCCAACCCAAGCCAGCCGGAGAAACUUUCAAUCUCGGAACGGACUGGUUACUGUGGAUCAUUUCCCCAGUGGUACAUGAUUGCUGAUGUUCUUCCAAGUUCAGUCUAUCAUCAACCCGUGUACGUCUACAAUAAAAAUGACUACCUUAUACUCAACACUGACCGCAAUGAUACCCUGUAUGGUAGCUUACAGCAUUACUUUUAUGUCGCCAAUGAUAACUCAACCAAUGGUCUCAACCAAUCACACGCCGUGUACAUGAUGACGAAAGAUUUUGACGGGAUCACCCAUGUUACGAGUCUCCUCCCCAGGACAAGUUUCAGCAGCGCGGAUAAUACUUUCUUUGUUAAGAAAUUUGUUGAUAUUGAAGAAGAUGAAAGCAAGUGUGAACAUGGGUGGACGUAUUUGAAUGGAAAGUGCUAUAAGAUAUUUUGUGAAAGUAAUACAAAAUGGAACGAAGCCAGAGUAGGUUGCAUUGAAAACGAGGCUGAUUUAGCAUCUCUUUCAAACGAUGAAUUGAAAGUCGCUAAAGAGUAUUUUGAGCAAAUACAAGUUCGGCUUUUUGGGAUACAAACUGUAGCUGUCGGCUUGCAAAGAAAAGAUCUGGAGUGGAAAUGGCUCAAUGGUCUUGGGUAUAAUGGCACUAUGUCGUCCAAGCGAGUGGAUAAAGGUCGGUUGGCUUGGAAAAAUGAAAUGAAUGAUUGGAUUUUAGAAGCGGCCAUAGAUCCUUUCUAUUCAACUUCUGAAAAGCCCUCGGAUGUAUAUUUCUGCGAGAAAAUGAGAGAAAAUGUUGCAUAUCGUAAACCAAUAAACCAAUCAAGUUCUAAAUCAACGUCGGGGCCAGGUCUCCUUGUUGAUGCUGACGACAAAACGUGCAUCACCAUCGCAAAGCAAGCACAAGCGGUUUGGAUGCAUAUCGACUUGCAGUCUGAGAUGAGGAUUUAUCGUAUCAAGUUGACGCCGUCACCGAACCAAAGACAAACAACAAUUUAUGUCUAUUUAACACUCAACGAAACCGUCUCCCAGUCGAAGGCUGCUGUUCUUCCAAACAAAGCCAUAAACAUAUUUUUGGAGCCACCGACUUUAGCAAACUUUAUUAAACUUAAAAUGAAAACAGACCUGACUGAGAUUUUGCUCUGUGAGAUUGAAGCGUACGAGACAGACGACUUGGAUGAACUGCGGGGUGUAAUGAGGUCAUUCACACCUGAGCUCUUAGUGGCGGAUGAUCUCUCAAGCCUUGAAGAGAACAGUUACCUUACAGUUCCCGAAUUCUUCCACACUUUUCCCCACUUCACAAUACCCGAGCUUGUUUACCCCAGAAGAGGAUUUGUGGAAACGUUGGAAGCGUAUUUAAUGCUAAGCGUCAGUGGAAAUUUUACAUUCAAAACAAGAGGUGAAGAUGAAGUGGUCUUCAAUCUUUCACCAAGACGAGAGAACACGACUUCGCCGAUUAUGAAAUGGGAAGUUAGUAAAACCAAGAAUUUAUCGUCAAGCGUAAAUAUCGAAGCUUGUGUCAUGUACUUUUUGAAAGGAACUGUGAAACAAGUCGUUGACAAAUCUUUGUCGUUGUCCCUAGUUCAGCUGUCAGACAAUGGUUCUGUCGUUGUUGAUAUCUCUCUGAAUGAAAACCCUUUUGACGAGAAUCUAUUCUGGAUUUUACCAGGUGAACUACAUGUCGAUUUUGCGUUUGAAACCGAGGGUCAUCUUAAUACGAUUGUUGGCGAACCUACUUUGAUUACUGGUGUGUUUGAGAGUCGUUGCGCAGGAUUUUAUUGUGGUUACUGUUACCUUGUCGUGUUCAUGACAUUUGCUGGUCGUGUUCAGUGUAAGCUGUUAACCAAUCAAAGCGCCAGCCAUACUGGUUUUAUUAUGAUAAAUUUAUCUGACUGGGUUUUACAACCUGGUAUCUACGAUGUCAAGAUGGGAUACCGAAGAAACGGAGAUUGCGCAGAAAUCAUGAAUCUACCUGAACCUGGAACAGAUUUAAAAUGGGAAUUAGAAAUCGUUGGUCGCGUUCGGGUGAAUCCUGUUAUUGCGAUUUCCUGCCUGUUUACGGACAAUAUCUGUGAUGCAACUGUGUCACAUAGUGGAUGGGACAGAGUAAAGUAUUCUAGUAAUAAUAUUUCAGGUUUCGCUUUUCAAAGUUCUGUAAACAAUGUCACCUCGCUGUUCUCAUUUGGUUCAGUUGAAAACACUGCCAUCACAAGUUUUACUGGUCUUUGUGCCAGGUUCAGAUAUAAGUUGUCCAAUUCGUCGGCUACGACACUUUCUCUCUCGACACGCACACGACAUGACGUUGAGAAAAAAAUAUGGCAGCUGUCUGGAGUUCAUGGCGACAGUUGGCAUAAUGCCUGGGUCCACUUAACUAUGCCGAAAGAAACUCUUGAAUUUGUUUUCAAAGUUUAUCCAACAAAGACAAACGAGACUGCAUUGAUAUCAGAUGUUCAAGUCCUCACAGACUCUUGUCCAAACCAAAUUAAUCCAUACAUGGCCCAAAUCGGUCAUUCAUGCACUGAUAAUCAAUUCAGUUGUUCCAAUGGCGAAUGUUUGAAGAUCAGUCAACGAUGUGAUGGGGAGAAACAAUGCUUAGAUGAAAGUGACGAAGCAGGUUGCGAUUGUAUUCUUGGACAGUUCAAAUGUGUGUUGAGCCAUGAGUGUGUUUCAUCGAAGAAAAUUUGCAACGGAGAAAGCGAUUGUAACGAUGACUCUGAUGAAAGAAAUUGCGAUUUUUGUACGAAAGACGAGUUUUACUGCCCCAGUGGAAGAUGUGUGCCGUGGAGCUCUACCUGCAAUGAAGUGUGGGAUUGCGAAGACGGGUCAGAUGAACCUAACGUUUGCAGACUUUCAGAAAAUGGAUUAACAGCGAACAAAACGUGCAGUUUAGAUAAUCUUGGAUGUCUUUACGAUGAGAAACUGAAUAGUACAGAUUGUGGAUAUUAUCAAAAAUGCGACUUUGAGAACGGCUGGUGCGGAUGGAGUAACGUGGGCUCACGUGACUGGAGGGCCAAUCAGGGGGCGACUUCAUCAGAGAAUACUGGCCCGGAAGUUGAUCAUACGACUACCUCAUCAGAAGGUAGUUAUCUCUAUAUUGAGGCCAGUACUCAAGAAGGGAACCAAGGUGAGAUAGCUCGUCUUCUGGGGGGUCCCUUCAACGCUGGUGCAGUAUGCCUACAGUUCUACUACCAUAUGCAUGGUCAAGAUAUUGGUCAUUUAGCUGUGUACACAGCGUCGACUGGUAACAAAACAAUUGAAGAGGUGUUGUGGAAGCGAGCAGGUGAAGUUGACAUGCGUUGGCAUAAAGCUUUGGUCACUCUUGACAGUGAGAACGAGUUUAUGAUAAUCGUGGAAGGUGGAUUGGGUUCCGGACAUCGUGGUGACAUCGCUGUGGACGAUAUUGAAGUUAUCAAGGGAUCUUGUUUAGAAGCGUAUCAAGAUGAGGAUAUCUUGACGUGCUCUUUUGAUGAACCAUGCUCUUGGGAUGGACUAGAAACGUGGGAAAAGAGUUCACACAAUGCAGAUAAUUCGUCCCUUUUGGAAGGUUCAUUUAUUUACACAAAAGCUCCCUUUUCUCUUACAAAAGAAGUCAGCCAACGUUCUAGUAGCAUUUCUUACCAAUGUUUAUCAUUCUGGCAUCAGCAUACCAGCAUAUCAUGUGAAAACACGACCAUUUCCGUCAGUCAACGAUCUUUUGACUACAAAUGGUCCAUUCCGGUCAUUAAUACGAGACGUUUCAACGAGAAAUGGCGAUUUUCUGAAAUACCAUUGAAGCAGUCAACUCAAGACUACACUCUAUCGCUGAAAGCUACUGUGAAUGAGGAAUCCCUGCAAAGCUGUGUGGUAGCCAUUGAUGAACUGAACCUGUCACCUGAACCUUGUACAAACAUUAAAGAAGGCUUGGAUGUCCUUGCUCGUAUCGAUUCGACGUUUUAUCAUGGCGUUGAAAUCAAUUUCACCAAAGAUAUGGUUGCCGUUUUCUUUCAAGAACCGUCACCCCAGUUCAAGCAACUUUACGACAAGCUGAAUGUGAACGAAGUAGUUAAGAAUAUACCCGUGAAUGUUUCGCAGUUGAAACCUGAUUUGCGGGUUAUUUUAGAGACUGAGCCUGGUGCUGCUGUUCUUGGUACGGUUAUGGGCGAAUAUCUUCAUGAAAACAUCACCGUUCAUGAAAACAUCACCGUUCAUGAAAACAUCACCGUUCAUGAAAACAUCACCGUUCACAACAAUAGCACUAACAACAGCGACAGCAGUAAUGAUUCUGCUAUCUCCAUCCAUAGCAAAACGAAGCUGGUGAAUUUGACCGUGCGUCUUGAUGGAAGCGGAGAUAUCGUAUCAGUAACACGGGGGAGAAUUUGGUUGCUUCCACUACAAUUGGCAGACAAAGGCUGGAUUUGGAGAAAUCCUGUGAAAGAUUGCGUUGACGGAACAUUCUUGAACGGCUCGUGUUACAAAACAGUUAACCAAUCAAAUUGGUUCGAUGCUGUUGACCAGUGCAAGUUUUUUGGAGGCAAUUUGCUUAGCAAAAGUAAUUCUAAACAACUGCAGGAAUUUUCAAGAAAUUAUGCAAACUUGGCGUUAUUUUGGAUAUAUGAUGAUCAUUGGUCGGUGUUUUCGAAUUCUCAGAACUAUAGAAGUGUAUUAUUGCUUAAUGGAACAACAGGGAAAGUUAUGUACAGUAAUGUUUCUCGAAAUGGAUCUGAUAGUAAUCUUCUCAACGGAACAUUGAGAGGAAAUAUGUCUGGAAACAGUGCCUUUGAUGAGAGAUUCAGAGGAAUGGUUGAUGAAGAAGGCCCUUUCUUGUGUCCAGCGUUUUACAAGGAAUAUAUUGUGGGGGUGAACUGCAGCAAAAUGCUUUUGGGUGUGUGUGAUAUUCCAGUCAAACAAACGCAGAUUAUGUGUGAAGAUCUAAAACACGACGUACUUCAGUGCCCUGACGAUGGAAGCGUUCUAGAGAUACACGAAGCCUACGUUGGUCAAGACGUGCAACAGCUGUUUCAAUGUCUCGGUUACGAUGUUAGCGGCUUUCAACAUCCAUGCAGCAGUUUUCCUGAUAUGACAAAAAAGACGAAACUUAAGUGCGACGGACGAAAGUCAUGUAAUAUUAGCAAGUCUCUGAGUGAUCCGAAGAUCCUUUCAACCUGCUGGAGUCAUAAAAAAUAUUUUAAUGUCGAGUUUGGUUGCCGAGUUAAUUCAACCAAAGAUGCUGUUUUGAGGCAACCUUGGUGUCCUAAUGGUUACACUUCCCGCGAAUCAGAAUGCUACAAAUUUUCCGACGAGAAAUUGAUGUGGAGGGAUGCGAAAACGUUCUGUGAAAUUGAUGGAAGUCAUUUAAUGUCGAUUAACAACGAGAGAGAAGAUGAAACGUUGAGCUCAAUGAUGAAGUCCUUGGGUUUAAGCGAAGUUUGGGUUGGAUUAAAUGACAUCACUUAUGAAGAUAUAUUUGAAUGGUCAGAUAAUAGUGAGGUUGGUUAUACCAAUUGGUCCAGUUCAGAAAGCUUUGGUGAUAUAUUUAGUCAGAACAAGGACUGUGUCGCUGUCAGUGAUCUUGGUUGGAAGGUGAAGAAGUGUACAGAGAAAAUUAACUUUAUUUGUGAAUAUGAACUUUCGAUGGGAUCCUGUGACUUUAAGUCAGAUUUCUGUGGUUGGAGAGACGAAUCACAACUAAACAGCAUGGCUUGGACUCGCGAGUAUGAAGAAGUAAAUGCUUCUAUUCCCUCCAAUUUUUCUGGUGGAGGAAACGAUUCUUCUCUUGCGCGCAAUCACAGUUCUCUCGAGCUCUACCCUUACCGAGUUUCGCUCUAUCGUGACACCACUCAAAGACACGUCAUCUCGACUCUCCUCUCGCCAGAGAUGGCGUCCACAAUCAUAGAGAGCUAUGGCGUGUGUUUGCAGUUUUCAUUCCUUCUAACUGGUGAAGAAACUUCAUUGAAAGUCAUUCUUGAUCGAAGAGGAACAGGGAUGGAAACGUUGUGGCAUGUGCGUGCUUCUAAUCAAAGUUUCACAUGGAGAGAAGCGCGCGUGUCCCUUGGGAUAGUUUCCAAAUUUAGGAUCCGGUUAACUGGAGAACUGAUUGAUCACGACAGCACGAUAAAGAUUGCCAAGAUUGCAUUCAACCCUGGCUUGUGCCAAGCAUUGCCUGUUGGAGCUCAAGACUUAAGUACAAAUCUAUUCAUCAGCACAAAUGGCAUCUUAACAUCGCCUUACUACCCCUCGUCCUAUCCGAAUGACAUCAACCAACAGUGGCGUCUGAGAACCACGAAGGGUAAACGGAUUCGUCUCGAGUUUCUCUACGUGGAUCUUGAGUGGGACCCCAGAUGCCAAAACGAUCACAUUAUGAUAUUGGAUGAAGCGCAGCCGAAGAAACAGUUCUACGUUUGUGGAAAGACUAUCCCGGGCGAUUUUAAAUCAAGCUCUGACCAAGUGCUUGUUGUUUUUCGAAGCAAUCACAAGAUUCGUCGAACAGGAUUCAAAAUUCGAUACCGCGUAGUCAAAGAAGACGAUGAAGAGGAUGCUUGCUCGUUUGCCGAUAUCCCAGAUUGUCCUAGCGACUGCCGUUGUUAUCGAUGGCCCUCAGAUCAGUCGAGAAUCACUUUGAGCGCAGAAAAAAUAUACAAAAUUCCCUCUGUGUUCCCUCAAUACACGGCUGCAAUAUUUUUCAGAGAGAGUUCCUUCUAUAAAUUGAGUGAUACUGACUUCGAUAGCCUAUCAGAUCUGGAACUACUGAGUUUGAAUUACAACUUCAUCUCAACCAUUGAAGGAAGAGCAUUUCAGAAACUCCGUUCUUUGAAAACAUUACGGCUUGGGCAGAACACAAUUAGAAGCAUUCCUGCAAAUCUUUUUACUUUUAACUCGUCUCUUGAAGUUAUAGACUUGAGUGGAAACUGGAUUCAGUCAUUAGAAAAUCAUCCUUUUUCUUCCCUGAGCAAACUCCGAGCUCUGAGCCUCCGUUUCAACAAGUUUGCUGUUUUAAAAGACGGCGUUUUCACAGGACUUCACAAUCUUACUUUCUUAUACUUAGACAACAAUGAACUACAAAACAUGGAUGAUAAUAUCUUCAACGAGACUGCAUCGCUUCAGAUACUGCACCUUCAGCGGAAUAGACUACCAUUUAUCAAAAGGGAAUGGCUACAAAAUGUACCGUCACUGAAGAAGUUGAAAUUAAAUGACAAUGGAAUUAGAACGAUCGAGUCGGGAUCAUUCGAUAAACUUCGUGAAUUAUCUGAACUCGAUCUAUCAGGCAACGCGAUUGACGAUAUUCCGGAAGACCUGUUUACUCCUCUGACCGCAUUGCGAUCACUAAAAGUUGAUCAUUUUACGUUGUGUUGUUACGCGGAGAAAGCACAACCCAGUGUAUCUUGCACCUCUCUCGGAGACAGUGGAAUCUCAAGCUGCGAUGAACUUUUGAAAAACUCUGUGUUAAAAUACAGUAUAUGGGUUCUUGGCACGCUAGCGUUCCUUGGCAACCUAGGUGUCUUGAUCUGGCGUAUCGUUGGAAAGGAUAAAAACCGCGUCAACUCGUUCCUACUGACAAAUUUAGCCGUUUCUGACUUCAUGAUGGGAAUCUAUAUGUUGAUAAUCGCGUAUAAGGACAGGCUCUGGGACGGAGUCUAUUUCAAGCAUGACUUUUCCUGGCGUGCUUCUGAUCUCUGUAUAUUUAGCGGAGUGAUUUCGACCAUCUCAAGCGAAGUGUCGGUAUUCACGCUCUCUCUCAUAACCUUCGAUCGAGUCAUCUGUAUCGUCUUUCCUUUCAAGUUUCGUAGAAUGUCAAUGAAACGUGCUGUUUACCUUACUACCUUCAUAUGGAUUCUAGGAAUUGCCUUGGCUGUGAUCCCUUUAACGGACGAUUCAUAUUUCCACGAUUUUCGACGCCGGACACAUUUCUACGGCCGCUCACCAGUUUGUCUGCCUUUUGAGCUGUCGAGCGAAAGAUCUCCCGGCUGGGAGUAUUCGGCUUUUGUCUUCAUCGGUCUUAACGGUGCGUCCUUCAUUUUUAUCGUCGUUUCCUAUGCUGUGAUGUACAAGACUAUAACCCAGGCAGGUCAAGCCGUCAGAUCCACCAGAUCCAACCAGGAUUCCACCUUGGCUAAGAGGAUGCUGUUCAUAAUCUUGACAGAUUUCUUCUGUUGGUUUCCGGUUAUCAUUAUAAGUAUGUUAGCUUUGGUGGAUAGCUUGCACGACCCGAGAAAACAGGUGUACGCAUGGAUAGCAGUAUUUGUGUUGCCGAUAAAUAGCAGUCUUAAUCCCCUGUUGUACACAUUCUCCACCCCCCUCGCCCGCGGCUCGACGAUCAGAAAGAAACAGGGAACCCAAUCCACUUCAACCGUGACAAAGAGUCAGAAAGAACAUCAAGUUUCCAACGCAAAUACGCGGUCAGCAAAAGCGAAAACAGAAAACAAACCAGGCGUAAAACCAUCCGUUAUUCACCGACACAAAAUGUUAAACGAAGCAUUUGUUGAUGACGAUAUUUCUCCCAGCUCUAUUCCACAGAAUGAUUCCGAGCCAAACGCUGCAAGUCACGAUGAAAAAUUCGUGGAGGAUCAGGCUAUCGACCAUUUUUAUGAAGAUGUAAGAAAUUUAUCCCAGGAUCUAGAAGAUAUUGAUGUUAUUGAGCAAGCAGAUGAGGUGCAUGAAAAUAUUGAGGGUUUAAACUCAGAGACAAGCGACGAGACAGUCUCGGAGAAAGCUUAUGAAAAUGUCACGAAUGAUACUCAUCUUUGAUUUCUGGCUUUUUCUGUACAAGAAGAGAACAGAUGAAAUAAUAAUUCAAUGAAGAAUUGUAGAUACUUGUUAAGAUUGUGUUUGUGCAGCAUCAUAGCGAUUCACUAGGAAAUAAGAUUAUCUCAUCUGAGUGCUUUUAAAAUGCAUGAAAUCCUAAUAUAUUAUCUUCAUAGGACCCCUUCAAGAGUGUACUAAAAAUAUGACACUUUAUUUGCGCCUCCUAGAGACCUAGACUCACAUCCCGCGCGCAAAAAUGACGUCCUGCUUCACUGAAUAAAUUGCGUUUCCCGAAUUUUUUCCGGGGCUCUGUGCCCGG